GCCGUAAGUUUUGUCGAUAAUGUUCCAUAGAUGAGGGCGGAUUUGAAGCACGCAAGUUAGCUAGAUUUUAGGAGUGUGUUCAGGUCCGGCCGGGUCAAAAGCCUAAAGCUGCUCCUCUUUUUUUACCAGCUCUCUUUCACGGAUUUUGGGUACAAUUCCCAACAACAAAAACACCAUAUCAAAUGUACAACACCAACAAAGCCUAGAGACUGUUACCGUUAUUAUCUUCUAGAGACUAGAGACUAGAGAGAGAGGGAGAGAUGGGAAGAUCUGCAGCAACUUGCUUCAAGAUCAUCGCUUGUGGCGGUGAUUCAGCUGACAGGGAUGAAGUUGAAGAUCCUGAGUCUAAGGGCUCGAGUGACAAACGCGGAUGGAGUUUCCGUAAGAGAUCUGCAAGGCAUCGUGUUUUGAGCAACACGGUGGUCUCAGAAACACAAUCCGGGAAUAAGGACAGCUCAGAAUCAGUUGGCAUCGACUCUCAAGCACAACCUAACUCUGGUACUCCGGGAAAGGCCUCCACAGAACAACUUAACUCCAAUUUUCCAGACAAGACCUACUCAACUGAACCUCUGUCCGAUGUUCCUGAGAAGACAUAUGCCAAAGAACCUGAAUCCAAUAUUCCAGACAAGACCUGCGCAACUGAACCUCUGUCCAAUGUUCCUGAGAGGACAGAUGCCAAAGAACCUGAAUCCAAUACUCCCGAGAAGCCCUCCACUGUUGAGUGUGCAGAUGAGAAACCCGAGUCUCCAAUUUCAAUUCACGAAAAGUUAGUGGACGCUGCAGCUAGUGAAGUGGAUGAUAAUAAAGAUAACAUAACUCUGAAGGAACAAGAUGUUAUUGUUAUACAGACCGCUAUCAGGGUGUUUCUGGCUCAAAACUCACUAUUGAAGCAUAAGAAAGUAAUCAAACUUCAAGCUGCUGUACGGGGGCAUCUAGUUCGCAGGCAUGCCGUGGGAACUCUACGGUGUGUUCAAGCUAUUGUCAAAAUGCAAGCUCUUGUUCGGGCUCGUCAUGCACAUCGCCAUAUUGAAGGGAAUGAGAAGUUGGAGAAAGAUCAUCUAUGUUCAAAUAUGGGAACAGAAAAUUCUAGCAAGAAGUCACGGGCAUCUUACACUUCCAUUGAAAAGCUACUAAGCAAUAGGUUUGCUCGGCAGCUUCUGGUAUCAUCUCCAAGUACCAAAACUAACAUCAAGUGUGAUCCUUCAAAAUCCGACUCCUCCUGGGUAUGGUUAGAAAGAUGGAUGUCUGUUUCAACAAGGUUGUCCCCAAGCACAGAAAUACCUGCUGAACAGCACGAAAAGGAAGAGGUUGAACACUUGGACGACCAUUUGGAACCUGAAACUCAAUCUGCAAGUAAACUCGAAUCAACAAACAUCGAGUCUAGUAAAGAGGCACCUGCAGUACUAUCCGAAAAUGAUGAAAAUUUGAUCACUUAUGAUGAAGACAGGUUAUCCUUUGAAGCAUUGCCUGAUUUAACUCAUAAACAAGAAGAACCUAAGCCUCAGGAUCUCGGUGAAGAGAUUUCAAGAGAUGAGUCGGGUUCUUCCUUACCUCUUCCAUCCAGGGAAAAGGCGGUACUGCUAGAAGAGCAUGAUUCUUUCCCUCUUAAGACUGAAACUGAGAAUGAACAACUACACUCGGGGAAGAGGGUUGCCCCCGAGCAACUAGAGGGGAAAAAGUUAUCUUUUGGAUCUAGAAAGGCAAGUAAUCCCGCGUUUAUUGCUGCUCAGUCGAAAUUUGAAGUACUAAGUUUGUCAGCCGGUUCUGGGAAAGUAACGAGUUUGUGCAGUCAAGAAACUGAAACAGAAGAGUCUUUUGCCGAUACAAUAUCAUCUGCCACCAAUAAUGCAGUGAAGACAAGUGAGGCGAGCCUAUCAGAGAAUCCUGGUCUACACAGUUCUGUUCAAGUCGGGGGAUCUGAAUGUGGCACUGAACUUUCUAUUUCUUCCACACUCGAUUCACCAGAUAGGUCUGAGGCUAGAGUUCACGAGUUUGAGCAGGAAUCAAAAACUUCCAUGGAUACUACUGCCCCACAUCAUCAUAAGAGCAAUGAGAAUCUGGAUAUCGAGACUCAUGAUCAGACAAGUUCAGGGAAUGAACUUCCAAACGUUGAUUCUAUCCAGCCCGGGAUAAGUGAACAUACUGGUACUAUGGUUGCUCCCGAUUUACCACAUCUCGAGCAGAAGCCCGAGACACAUGGGACUGAUGUGCAGAUUGAGCCUGGAUCCGAGAUGGGUUGUCAGGUAUCCAAGUCAUCACCCGAGCCAUCUCCAAGGAGCCAUGUAACUUUUCCCGAAUCCCAACAAGGUACACCUUCUAGUAAUGUAUCGGUAAAACCUAAGACCAAAAGUGAAAAAGGUGGAUCAAAAAGCAAGCGUCGCUUGUCAUCAUCUGCUGGAAACAAAUCCCCUUCAAACCCUAACCAAGAUGCCGGGACAACUAGUUUGGAUCAAUUACCUAAGGAUCAGAGAAGUGGGAAGCGGAGAAACUCGUUUGGUUCUGCAAAAAGUGAACACGUGGAUCAGGAACCAAGAGAUAGCAGUAGCAGUAGUUCUCUCCCGAGUUACAUGCAAGCAACAGAAUCGGCAAGAGCCAAGGCUAUCCCAAACAGCUCUCCCAGAUCAAGCCCCGAUGUCCAUAACAAGGAUGCUUACAUUAAAAAGAGACAUUCUCUGCCUGGUUCAAAUGGAAGGCAGGACUCACCUAGGAUUCAGCGGUCUCUGUCUCAGGCACAACAGACCGCAAAAGGAAAUGGAACUCAGUCUCCACUUGAGAGAAGGUGGCAGAGGUGAAUCUGAACAAAGCGUCGACUGAAAUGUUGACGGGAUGAAUAUCUGACCAAAGAUCAUCUGGAGUAUUUUAUUUAUUCGUGGGAGACUGUGAUGUAGAAAGAGCAAGGUUUCAUGUAUAUUUACCCCAUUACAAUGCUUAUUGCUUCUUUGUGUUGAGUUUCUUUUGUCAUGAGGGUCUUUUUUUUUUUUUUUUUUUUUUUUUUUGGGGUUCUUGAGAGGUUUAUUGAAAUGUUUUCUUGGACAAUAUACUGUAUAUCAUAUCAGUGUCUUGACUAGUGUUGGCUUGAUUUGAGGAGUCUGGGAUGCUUGAUUGAAACUGCAGAAAUAUAUAAAGGAUAUUCUUUUCUGGAUUCAAA